AUGAUGCCUAGCACUAAGAAGGCUGAUGAAUGUGAAGAGCAGCCUGCAGACCUUAAGCCUGAAGAUGAUGCUGAAGACGACGAACAGCUGCUGUUGCUCAAAGACAUUCUAGACGAGUGGGUCCGCAAGAAGCCGGAGGGUUCGCCAGUGUCUUUGGCGGCUACCAUGCGAACCAGCGAGGUUCAUGAUUGUUUGGAGGAGUUUGAGUUCAUGUGCGACGAUGCCAUCGAAAAGGCUUUCGAGGUGCUCGGGCCACUAUGUGCGCAAUUCGGUCUGCGAGCGCCUCUCCCAUCGAAGUUUAAAGCUGCGUUUUUGUGGCUGAAUCACGAGCACGGCUUCUUCGGCUCUGGAGCGAAGAAGCAGGAGCUCCAGGCAUGGGCCAUGGCCAAUGCCAACACUCUCCGAGCUCGCUUGGUGUACACGGUUCGGCUUUAUCGAAAAACGCCGGGUCGAUCGAAGCGACCCAAGAUCCAGCAGCUUAAGGAUAUCCUUCGAAUGUGGGAGGCAGAGCAAUCGAACGCCCAAGGCGAGACACAGAAUGAAGACGAGCAGGAUGCCAGUGGCAAGGAAGGGGAGGGCGAGCAGGAACAGGAAAUGGAUGAAACUGGCCAGGAGGGGGAUGGCGAGCAGGAAAAGGAAAUGGAUGGCCAGGAGGGGGAGGACAAGCAAGAAGAGGAAAUGGAUGGGCCCGGGACUGGCCAGGAGGGGGAGGACGAGCAAGAAGAGGAAAUGGAUGGGCCCGGGACUGGCCAGGAGGAGGAGGGCGUGGAAGCCCAGGAUGAUCCGAAGCCCGCGAAGAAGGGCACCGCUGCACGCACCAGUGACAAGGCAGCUCCUGUCCAAGAGCGUGGUCGCGGGCGUGGCCGUGGAGGGCGAGGAGCGCCGAAAGGCCCAGGCAGCCGAGGUGGCCGAGGUCGAGGCAAUUCGCGAGGACGAGGUCAAACCCCAGCCGGAAGUGAUGAGCCCAAGGAGCCAGCCUCAAAGAAAGCCAGAACUACCAAGCCAGAGGCAUCCCAAAAGCAAGGCACGAACCCCUACCUGGACAUCUCCCUUGAAGAGCGAGCGAGAUUGUCAAAGCUGCUGCCAAAGUUGCCACGCUACCGCGUGAUGCCUUAUUGGAGCAGAGGCGAGGUCGGCGUUGUCCGGCAGGCGCUGGAGGACCAAACCCGGAGUCAGGUGCUCUCCGUUGCCACAGCGAAUGUUCGUGAGAAUGUUUAUUGGGAAGAGCUUCUGGAACCGUGCAUCAAAGCGUGCCGAGCUCUUGACAGUGGCGCUGCCUUCGACACCGUCAACAGCGAGUUUGAGAUUGCAAAGGUCAAAUUGAGUGAGCUGUCGAAGUCUCGCGCAUGA